AUUUGGUAGACGUCCAAUUCUUCUAAUCGGUUUGUUAGGAAAUAUGAUAGCUUGUUUGUUCUUUGGCCUUAGUAAAUCACUUAUUUGGGCCAUUGCAUCUCGUGCAACUUGUGGCAUGCUUAACGCUAAUAUUGGUGUUCAAAAA